UUAUCCCCAAAAGUCAUCGGGGCGAAAAAAACGUUGCAAAAGACGCUAUUGUACCGGAUGUUCGUCCGUGAGUCACCGAAACGCAGGAGAAACUUUUCCAAAGUCUUUGAAAUAUUUAUUAACGUCGACUACCACAACUCUCUUUUCUGUUUCCACGGCAACGCGGCUUCGGCGUUUGUCCUCGUGGCUGAGAGGCGGAACCACAAAAAAAAGACGGCUCCUCGAUUCCCGAUCCCUGUGGGAGUCCUUAACGAUUCGGAGAUGGUAAGGAGAGCUUGGCUGGAGCAGCCAUUUCAGGACGGAGCCUACUACCCCUACAGCAGUGACACCCAGGGGAACCAUUCAUCAGCAGGGAUCCCAUCCCUCUUGAAUUCCCCACUCAGCCAGCACGCUGUAAAAGUCCAGUCUGCACUAGGCAUGGCUCCGGCCGGUGCGCCACCCACCAUUCUGGCCUUCAGGUUCCGCCAGCGUAGGGAGAGUGUGGACUGGCGGCGAAUCCACGCUGUCGACAUUGACCUGGUGAUUAGCCAGCUCGAUGUGGAUGUCCUUCAGGAGCACAUAAGCACGGUGACCUUCUGCAGCUUGGAUGGGGAGCGAUGUCAGCGCUGUCAAAGCCCUGUGGACCGAGCUCUCAUCAAGAUCCUCCAGUUGGCCCAGCUCACAGUUGAAUGGCUCCUCCACUGUCAGGAAUGUCUCACGCUCAAUCUGCAAGCAGCAGAGGAGAGGCUGGCGAGCGCCAACAUGCAGCAGGAGCAGCUACUGGCUCAGAUGAAGAAGCAGGAGGAGAGCAUGAUGGCGAUGACGGCCGAGCUCAAGAACAGGAGGAAGAUCAUACGCAAACAGCAAACCCUGUUCGCCCCACAAAUCACAAACAGCCAAAAGUGCACAUUUUGUAAAAAGAAGUUCCUCACAGCUUCAUUUCUCCAGAGUCACAUCCAGCGGCGCCACCCUGAUGAGAAUGAUAUACAGUUACUCUCAAACAGUGAGGAGAAAUCUCAGAUCCAAGCCCUGAAAUUUGAGAUGAACAGUCUGAAGGAGCAGAUUGUUCAACAGCAACAGACACUGGAAGCAAAAACAGCUGAGAAUCAAAAGCUGCAGAGACACCUGGAAGAGAGUGAGCAACAGAUGCGAGAGAGUGAAAAGAAAUCUCAGAUUGAAAGCCUCAAGCUGGAGAUAAAAAAUCUAAAGGAUCUUAUUCAACACCAAUACAUCAUACAAGCUAGACCAGCAGAGGACGAGAAGCAGCAAUCCAAGGACAAAGAUCUGCUAAAAGAACUGGAUCGUUUUAAAGAAGUAGAGAUGGUGCAGAUACAAGCCAUUCAAAAGCUGGAGCAUCAACAGAAGCAGCAGGACAAAAAAUGGGAGUCGAGGCUGGGGAAAAUCACUGCUCUUCAUGAGUCAGAAAAGAAUGAUUUGCAGAAAGAAUUGAGCAGAUUGCAGUCUGCCGUGUUAGAGCACCAGGAGCACAGCAAGAGGCAGCUUCAAGAGAUGCGAAGGAAGCUGCAAGAGAAGGAACAAACCAUCCAGGAUCAGAGGGAGCAGAUACAGAAUACAUUUUCAAACCCAUCCACUAAAGUACUUAAAGUACCAGUGUUAGUAAGUGCACCAGCUCCAGAGCCGAAAACAAAGAAAGUUGUACUUGAGGAGCUCAUCUCCUAUCCUCAGCUGGAUCCAAUCCAAGAGCUGUCCGAAGAGGAGGAAGACUUGACCAGCAUCCCUGAGAAGAGGCCAGUGGAGAAAAAGUCUGAACCUUUUCCAGAGAAGAAACACAGGGUGUCGGUCAGAAGGAACCCCAACAAGACCGAAAUCAAGCGACAUCUUGAGCAGGUUGUAAUGACGAAGCUGGAGAGCCUGGGAGUGAAGCCGGAUCAGAGAAAACUGAAGACCAAGGAGCUCAGGUCUGUUCUUGCUACUAUGCACACAAAGCGGCAGAGCCAUGCAAAACAGUUGCCUGACUAUUGGCGCCAUCGUGUGGACAUAACUAAUACUUUGGAGCGGAAGCUAAGCUUGAAAAGAAAGGACAGCAAUCUCCAGUCCAGACACUGUGUACAGGUGUUGCAGACGCGCCCUCGAUCCAGCAGUCUCCCUUCCAGGGCAUCGCAGGGUAUCUCUGACGCUGUAGCCCGACAGGCCAAGACCCCCCAACCAGCUCCAAGAGUCAAGACCACCAUCCAACCAAAGACGUCUACACCCAGCCACAAAACUGCUCAGAGAGAACACACUCCCAAAACACCGCCUUUCAGUUCUUUUGUGGAUUCAGAAGAGGACGAUACAGACAUGGAGGACAGUGAACCUCCUCAACACCAAUGGGGCAAAACUUCACAAGCUAAAAUAAAUAAAGAGGAAGCAGUUCAAACCAGUGCAAGAAAAUCCAAUGUGAUCCAGGCGAGGCCGGCUCUAACCAGGCUCUCAUCCUCCAAAAGCCAGCUCGGUGGUGGCGUGACUACAACAGCGAUCAUGAAGAUAGAGAAUGACGAUGAUGAUGAUGAGGACGAUGAUGAUGAGUUGUCAGAUGUCAGUGAGCUGCAGGAGAUCGAUUCCAGACAGCUCCAGAGAUUCAAAGACCAGAAUGGCAACAUAGAAAAGUCAAACUCUGGUAAAGUCAGUGACCUGGCAAGGAAAAUAGAGAGACAGAUUGCAAAUAAACCAUCAAAGAAACCGGUAGGGGGCGUGAGCAUCUUGCCACAGUCCAAGGAUGAGGUUCAGGAAUUCUUGUCGUCAGAUCUGGAUGAGAGCAGUGAAGAUGCCAACUCCUAUUUUGAGGACAGACAAGAAAAGUUGAAUAUACCUCACAAUUCUGGAACAACGAUGAAGAGCCAGGACUCAGUCAGCACUAGCGUGUGGGACUCCUCCACAGGAAAAGACACUUCCAUAGGAAAAGCUUCCAGAUCAGGUUUAACUGAAGCUGGAACAGGGAGUACCUUGAAGAGCAGUCUGUGUUACCUCAGUGACAUCUGUGACUCAGAGGAUUUAAACAAUUAGGAAAGUUACACACCUGCUCAUCAGACACUGGUAAAGUUUCUGGUAAAUUGCAGAAGGAGCAACAAACAACAGACAUCGCCACCUUGUGCUGGAUACAACCACAUCCACAUCACCGGGCAAAACCUAGAACCUCAAGUCCAUAUAUGGAAAACGGCCACAAUAAAGACAAUAUAUGUUAGCAUAGCUUAGCAUUUUCAAUAUUACCUCAUCCCUCUGCCAACUGUUUUGCACAUGUUUUCAAAUGUUUUUUUGUUUUAUUAUUUUCAGAUCUGGCGGCACGGUAGCCGACUCGUUAGAGCGUCAGCCUCACAGUUCUGAGGUGCAGGGUUCAAUCCCCGUCCCCCCCUGUGUGGAGUUUGCAUGUUCUCCCCGUGCCUGCGUGGGUUUUCUCCGGGCACUCCGGUUUCCUCCCACAUCCCAAAAACAUGCAUUAAUUGGAGACUCUAAAUUGCCCGUAGGCAUGACUGUGAGUGCGAAUGGUUGUUUGUUUCUAUGUGCCCUGCGAUUGGCUGGCAACCAGUUCAGGGUGUACCCCGCCUCCUGCCCGAUGACAGCUGGGAUAGGCUCCAGCACGCCUGCGACCCUAGUGAGGAGAAGCGGCUCAGACAAUGGAUGGAUGGAUGGAUUUUCAGAUCUCUGGUACACAUACAGUCAUUGUCCAAAUUAUUAGACCACCUGUCAUAAAAAAGAGAAGAAGAAAAAUCACCUUUAUUGUCAUGAACAUGCAUGCAUGCAUACGAAAUUUGUUCUCUGCAUUUUACCCAUCACAGUGAACACAUACACACGUUAGUGGAACACACUGGAGCAGGGGGCAGCUGAAGCACCCGGGGAGCAUUUCGGGGUAUCAGUGUCUUGCUCAAGGACACCACAGCUGUGAGUCCGGGGGCUGUUGGAGGAUGGUCCAGUCAGGGUCUUGAACCCAGGUCCCCCACAGUGGCAGGCGAUGAUCUUAACCAUUGGGUCACAGCUGUAAACAUUAUACAGUAGAAGUCUUUCAAAAACAUCAUAAAAAAGAGAGUAAACAGAAGUUUUUCAAAAACAUGUUUUAAAUGAAAACUAGUCUUUGUUUUACGACUUUGGAACCGGAAUGAGUAAUUUUGUAACAUUCAACCAUUAAAACUUUUUAUUUCUGUUCAGAAAUGCAAGUGAAUAGCAAAGGUCUGACAUCUCAAUAAAGAAGUAAUAAUUUUUUACUAUUAUUUGAUUUUAUUUGUAUAAAAGUAAUAAACUUAUUCACAGAUAACAAUAAUUGUAUAUUGCAACAUUAUUAAUAAUAUCAUUUGAGUUACAGAGCUUCUGCAUACUUACAGUGGGUACAGAAAGUAUUCAGACCCCCUGAAAUCUUUCACUCUUUAUUAUAUUGCUGCCAUUUGCUAAAAUGAUUGAAGUUCUUUUCUCCCCCUCAUUAAUGUACACACAGCACCCCAUAUUGACAGAAAAAAACGGAAUUGUUGAAAUCUUAGCAGAUUUAUUCAAAAAGAAAAACUGAAAUAUCACACAGCCAUAAGUAUUCAGACCCUUUGCUGUGACACUCACAUAUUUAACUCGGGUGCUCUCCAUUUCUUCUGAUCAUCCUUGAGAUGGUUCUACACCUUCAUUGGAGUCCAGCUUUGUUUGAUUAUAAUGAUUGGAGUUAAUUAGGAAAGCCACACACCUGUCUAUAUAAGACCUUACAGCUCACAGUGCAUGUCAGAGCAAAUGAGAAUCAUGAGGUCAAAGGAACUGCCUGAAGAGCUCAGAGACAGAAUUGUGGCAAGGCACACUUAAGGUUCCUAAGAGCACAAUGACCUCCAUUAUCCUUAAAUGGAAGACGUUUGGGACGAACCCUUCAGAACCCUUCCUAGAGCUGGCCGUCCGGCCAAACAGCAAUCGGGGGAGAAGAGCCUUGGUGAGAGAGGAAAAGAAGAACCCAAAGAUCACUGUGGCUGAGCCCCAGAGAUGCAGUCGGGAUAUGGGAGAAAGUUCUAGAAAGUCAACCAUCACUGCAG